CAAGCAUAGAUGUCAAGUGUCAAAAUCGGCGUGCGCUUGUACUUUUCUUAUUCGUGGCGCGACCAAUUUAAUCAAUAAUUUCAAUUUACAAGCAUUAAAAUCCAAGUUUAAAGCUUUAAUUUCGUAUAAACGUACCAUAAAGCCCUGAAUUGUGCCAAAAUUUGCGUUAAAAUACGGUAAGGGUGGAUCUAACCUCAAUCUGUUGCUCUACACGUGUUUGUGUUUAUAAUCUCCCUCGAGUGUUUUAACAAAGAAACAAUGGAUGAUGAUGAGACCCUUCAAGACACAUGCAGGGACGAAAACGAUGAUUCGGACGAAUGGGACGAAAUGGAAGUCGCAGGGGAGCAAACGACGUGUCUUUUUUGCCCCCUGCAAUUCCUGACAAUAGCGGUAGCAUUAGAUCACUGUCGUGCUGAGCACAACUUUGAUUUAUUAGAGUUAAAAAAUAAAUAUAACAUGGAUUGUUACUCAUACAUUAAGAUGAUUAAUUAUAUACGAAUGCAAAGACCCGAUCCUAAAAUCUUAACAGAGUCUUCAGUAGCUUUGUGGGACGAUGACGUGUACUUGAAAACGGGCGAAAUGGAAUCGUGGUUGAUGUAUGACUUUGAAGAUCUGGGGAGUGCCCCCUCGACUCCUCAUUAUGCAAUCGAUGGCAAGACUCCUAUCAGUAAUUUAAAUUUUUCAGAUUUGCAGAGGCAAAUUGAGGAUUUGAAUUUACAAUUGAAACACAAAUGCACACUACUAGAACUUGCGAUAAAAGAUAUCGAGAAGAUGAAAAAAAUCACUAGAACAUUUGUAGAAGGUAGGGACGGUCCUGAAAAGCCGUUUCAUAUUACCGGUUAUGACUCCGAUUAUUUCAAUUCUUAUUCACAUUUUGGUAUUCAUCAUGAAAUGUUAAAUGAUAGGGUCCGGACGGAAAGUUACAGAGACGCAAUUUUAAAUAAUUCAGAAAGUUUUAAAGACAACAUUGUUCUUGACGUGGGUUGUGGUACUGGAAUUUUGUCGCUGUUUUCGGCCAAAGCUGGAGCUUCCAAAGUCAUUGGAAUUGACCAAUCUGAAGUUGUUUACAAAGCAAUGGACAUAAUCAGAGAAAACAAUUAUUACGACACAAUCCACUUGAUGAAAGGCCGAAUCGAGGACACUAAUCUCCCAGCUGAAAAAGUCGACAUAAUUGUCUCCGAAUGGAUGGGUUAUUUUUUGCUGUUUGAAGGCAUGUUGGACAGUUUCAUACACGCGAGAGAUCGCUAUUUAGCUCCCGGAGGCCUCCUUUUGCCAAACAGGUGCAACUUGAAUCUUAUUGGCUGCUCUGACCUCGAACGUUACGACAAAUUGAUUAAUUUCUGGGACAAUGUUUAUGGAUUUUCGAUGAAAUGCAUGAAAAGUGAAGUCAUUUCCGAAGCUUUUGUUGAAACUGUACCUGGGGAUAAAGUCAUGACUGAUCCUAUAAUACUGAAAGAAAUCGAUUUAAGAAAUUGUACAGUUGAUACUUGUGAUUUUAGUUCGUCUUUUGUUUUGAAAGCAAAUAAAAAUGCGGUUCUGACGUGUUUGGUAGGAUAUUUUGAUACUUUUUUUGACUUACCAAAAAGUGUUCACUUUUCUACGGGGCCUGAAGCGCCGAAAACUCACUGGCAACAAAGUGUUUUUUAUUUGAAAGAGACAAUAAAUAUGAGUGCAGGUGAUGUAAUUGAAGGCUCGUUGGUUUGUUCACGACUCAAAAAAAAUGUGAGAGGUUUAUCAGUGACGAUAACUUUAGGUAAAAAUAAAUAUCACUAUAAUUUGGACUAAUAAUUAUUUUGUAAUUUUAUUUUUCAACUAAAUAAAAAUAAAAAAUGUGUCUACA